AUGAUUCUGGAUAAUACUCUCGCUAUAGUGUUCGGAAUUGCAUCAAUCAUCAUACCUACCAUCACAGCUAUUAUUUUGAGCCACCGUUCCUCAACACACAACACAUCACAUGACCUCGAGCAACAUGUAUACCAACCCCCCCGAGAAUACAUGGUAAUGGAGGAAUUCCAUUCAAUACGCCGCUGGCAUGCGCAACGAUAA